AUGGCUCGGGAAUGCACCGUCGCAUUUAUCGGAUGCGGAAACAUGGGCGGUGCAAUUCUCCACGGCAUCCUCGACGCAGCUUUCUCUACUGAAUCUUCACAAUCACACCCUGUCGCUCGCUUUGUCGCGUGUACGAAGAGUGCCGCUUCGGCCGAGCGCUUGGCAUCUUCUUUGUCCCCGGGCCAGGAACCAUUUGUUCAUGUGACUUCGUCGCAGGAUGUUCCUAUACAGAUCAUGGCCGAUGCCGAUAUCAUUGUCUUGGGGUUUCAACCGUUCAUGGCCGAUGAUGUCCUCGUUACGAAGGGUGUGCGCCAGGCACUGGCCGGCAAAUUGGUGAUCAGUCUGUUGGCGGGGCAGACGCCGCAGAACCUGGCGCGGAUCAUUCGCGAGGGAACUGACGGGGAGAUUGCAGAGCCAGUAAUUAUCAAGGUGAUGCCGAAUAUGGGUGCUCAGUUCCGUCAAUCGAUGACGAUUAUCGAGACGCCGGAGCGGGAAGUACCUGUCCAUAUGACCGAGGUGGUAGAGUGGAUGUUUCAGCAGGUGGGCACGAUUAAGUAUUUACCUCAGAGUCAGAUGGAUCUUGGGUCUGUGCUGGUUGGGGCGGCGCUGGCUGCUAUGACAGUUCCUAUUGAGGGCAUUCUGGAUGGAUAUGUGGCAGAGGGAUUGAAGAGACCGGAUGCGAUGGAGAUGGUGCUGCAGGGCCUGAGGGGAUUAUCGGCGGCGUUAGAGUCCGGAAUCCAUCUCGCUGUUUUGAGAGAGAGUAUCUCGUCGCCGCGUGGAUGUACGAUCCAGGCGCUGUUGACUCUUGAGAAGGCAGAGAGUCGGCCGGAUUAUGCGGAGGCGAUGAUCAACGGUACACAACAUUUGAAGAAGGUUGAUAAAUAG